AUGGAUGCCAGUAUUCUCGCAACCAUGGACAAAGAGGCACUGAAAAAGCAGAUCGAGAACAUGAAGUACCAGGCCUCCAUGGAACGCUGGCCGCUGUCGAAAAGCAUUGCAGUGAUGAGGGAGUACGUAGAGGAAAAUGAAAAGAACGAUCCUCUCAUACACGCCCCCGACAAGAAAAACAAUCCAUGGGCCGAGAAAGGGAAAUGCAUCAUCAUGUAA